CGCGACGUCACGUCCGGUUCGCGGGGCAUGACUGGGAGGUGUCGGUUGGAGCGGAGCUGCCAUGGCGUUGACCAUCGCCCGGCCUUUCCUCUCGGAUGGCGGCUACGGCGAGCAGGAGAUGGAUGCCAACUCCGCCCUGAUGGAGCUGGACAAAGGGCUAAGGUCAGGAAAACUUGGUGAACAGUGUGAGGCAGUUGUUCGUUUUCCUCGACUGUUCCAGAAGUACCCAUUUCCAAUUCUUAUAAAUUCAGCUUUUUUGAAACUGGCAGACAUCUUCAGAGUUGGAAACAACUUUUUGAGACUAUGUGUACUGAAGGUGACUCAGCAGAGUGAAAAGCAUCUGGAGAAAAUCUUAAAUGUUGAUGAGUUUGUGAAAAGGGUCUUCUCAGUUAUCCAUAGCAAUGAUCCAGUGGCUAGAGCCAUAACUCUCAGAAUGCUGGGAAGUAUGGCUUCCAUUAUUCCUGACAGAAAAAAUGCUCAUCACAGUAUUCGGCAAAGUUUGGAUUCGCAUGAUAAUAUUGAAGUGGAAGCUGCCAUUUUUGCUGCCGCACAUUUUUCUGCACAAUCCAAGGAUUUUGCUACUGGUAUUUGUAACAAAAUUGGCGAAGUGAUUGAAGGACUAGCAACACCUGUGGAUCUGAAGUUAAAACUGAUACCAAUUCUGCAGUACAUGCAUCAUGAUGCCACCCUUGCCUCCAGCACCCGUGUUCUCCUUCAGCAACUAGUGGCACUGUACCCUUCCACCAAGAUGGUGAUUGUCACCCUGCAUACGUUUACACAACUAGCUGCUUCGUCACUGGUUGACAUCCCAAAGCAGAUUCAGCUUUUGCUGCAGUAUUUGAAAGAAGACCCCAGAAAAGCUGUGAAGAGGCUUUCAGUUCAGGACCUAAAAAUGUUAGCUAAUAAAACACCACACAUGUGGAGCAGAGAUAACAUUCAGUCGCUGUGUGAAUGUGCCCUUCAGAGCCCUUACGACAGUUUGAAAUUGGGCACACUUUCAGUUUUGUCCACGCUAUCGGGAACUAUAGCAUUGAAACAGUACUACUAUAAUUCACAAGGAACCUCAACUGCUCCAGCACAUUCUGACGACCUGAUAAAACUUGCACAAGAGUGCUGUUACCAUAGCAACUGUGCUAUUGCAGCUCAUGGUGUUACUGUUCUAACAAACAUCACAUCCUGUUUGGAGAAAGAUAUUUUGGCUUUGGAACAAGAUGCAGUUUUUGCUCUGGAAUCCCUGCUUGUUCUUUGUAGCCAGGAAAGCAGUGUAGGAGCUCAGAAUGCUUUAAAGACUGCGUUUACCUGCAUGGUGAAGCUCAUGUGUAGUCGCCCUCAUCUAAGCCAGCCAGUGGUGGAAUCUCUGCUGACCCAACUACAUAAUGCCCAGGACAUCGCUCGCAUCCCAAUGUGCCACUGCCUUGCUGCUAUAGCAGUGCAAUUGCCUGUCCUGGGAGAGGGAAUGCUGGGAGAGCUCAUGGAAUUAUACAAGAUGAUUGGAUCGUCAUCUACGGACAAACAGCAAGAGCUUAUGGUGGCAUUGGCUACAGUUAUUUUUGUAGCCAAUCAGAAAACUAUGUCUGCUGAUGUUAAAAGUGUGAUAAAACAACAAUUGGAAAAUGGAGCCAAUGGCUGGACUGUUUACAAGAUUGCCCGUCAAGCAUCCCGCAUGGGAAACCACAACAUGGCAGGAGAGCUUUAUCAUGGCCUGUUAACUCAAGUGGCCUCUGAGCAUUUUUACUUCUGGCUAAACAGCUUAAAGGAAUUCUCAAAAGCAGAGGAAGGUUUGACAGGCCUACAAGACAGCGAAUCCAGUGUUGCACUGGCUCGUAUUGCUGAAGCGUUGAAACAUUACCAGAGGGGCAUCGCUUCUUUGACAGCUGCAAGCACACCUACCAAUCCCCUAACAUUUCAAUGUGAAUUUGUUAAACUACGCAUUGACAUGCUCCAGGCAUUCUCCCAACUGAUCUGUACCUGUAACAGCUUGAAGACCAGCCCACCACCUGCUAUUGCCACCGCAAUUGCUAUGGCAUCAGGAAAUGAUUUGCAGAGAUGUGGCCGUAUUACCAACCAGAUGAAGAUAUCAAUGGAGGAGUUCAGAAGUCUAGCAACACGCUACCAUGACAUGUAUCAAUCUUCCUUUGAUGCUGAUUCUGCCACCUUGAGAAAUGUUGAGCUACAACAACAAAGUUGUCUCCUGAUUUCUCACUCCAUUGAAGCACUAAUCCUGGAUCCAGAUUCUGCCAGUUUCCAAGAGUAUGGCUGCAGUGGGAAUGUCCAUGCUGAAAGCGAGUAUGAAAGAAGCAUGCUGUCUGUAUUUACUCGGGUACUGGAGGAUGUAGAGUCUCUUAGCAGAAAGUAUCCACCUGUUUCCUAUCUGCAUACCAUGUGCCUCUGUGGGGCUGUGAUUUCGUUGCUGAAAGUCCCCUUAUCUUUUCAGAGGUAUUUCUUCCAAAAGCUUCAGUCUACCAGCAUCAAGUUGGCACUGUCACCUUCACCUCGCACCCCAACAGAACCAAUCAUAGUGCAGAAUAACCAGCAACUGGCUCUGAAGGUGGAAGGAGUUAUCCAGCAUGGCUCAAAACCUGGGUUCUUCAGGAAGAUUCAAGCAGUUUGCCUGAAUGUUUCCUCCUCACUGCAGAGCAAAGGGGUACAAGAUUACAAGGUAUUGAUGGAGAAUAUGGCUGAUGAAAUGGAGCAGCGAGUGGAACCCCAUAAUGAUUACUUCAGCACACAGUUCCUGUUGUGUUUUGUUUCACUUGGGAAUCACAUUGUCACUGUUGAAGCUUCGGUUGUUGACUCAAAUGGUAUAAUUUGGAAAACGGGACCAAAAACUACCAUUGCUAUCAAAUCCAUGGAGGAUCCAUUCUCUCAGCAAUUGCGCCUGCAGCAGCAGCAGCAACAGCAGUCACAGCAGCAAUCGCAGCUGCAGAGGAAUGCACUUUGUCGCUUUUAAUGUGAAACGCUUCAUGCAAAACCAUUUGAAGAUGCUCAAGACUUGCCAGUUACUCGCUGUGCUGCAUCAUGAUGUUGCAGAACACAGUUAUGGGUGAAACCCCAUUCUUUGUCAUUACAUUAUGAAACUUAAUGGGAUUCUGCUUUUUUGAACCAACCUUGUGCCCUAUCCACUAAAAUAUAAAUCAAAACAUCUGUUUAUUACGGCGGCUCAGUGGCACAGCACUAGAGUUCCUGCUUCGCAGCAUCAGAGACCUGGGCUCCAUCCUGAUUACAGUGCAGUCUUGUAUGGGUCUUGCACGUUCUCACUGUGUCCUCCGGGUGCUCCGGUUUUCUCCCACAUCCCAAAGCUGUGCGGGUUUGUGCAAAUUGGCUUCUGUAAAUUGCCCCUAGUGGGUAGGAUGUAAAAUUGGGAAUACCUAGAACUAGUUGAAUACAUGAUUGAUCAUCUGUGUGGACAUGGUGGCUUAAAGCACCUGUUUCCAUGCAGUAUCUCUAAACUAAACUAAAUUAUUACCAGUGCUGU